AUGACUGCGGACGCCAGAAGGAGCAGAGGGCUGGGCGGCGCACAGGCUGCGGUAGGAGGCGGGACCGCGCAUCUCGUUCAAUGGGUCCCGGCGCCUGCCGGAUUGGCUAAGCUCGCUUGCCGUCGGGGUGGGCGGAGCCAGUUGUGCGCCGGGCUUGGGGCCCGCCCAGCGGCAGCCGGACGUGCUUCAGACCCCGCGCUCUGGGCAGCGGCUGGGUGCGUGGUCCGGUUGCUGCGUGGAGUGAAGCUGCUGGGCUGCUGCUCUUCUUGCCGCUCCCUGGCUCAGGGCCGCUGGUCGACCCCCACCCUCCCCACUCCCCUUGGCCUCGAUGUUCUCACCUUACAGGUGGCUCUUGGCCGAAGCACGAGGUCCGCGCCCCGCUCCUCUUGGUUAUCCCGCUCCCCCCCCCCCCACCUGGUCUCUCUUCCUCCCGGUCCGCAGCGGUCUCCAGGGUUCUCCGACGGUCGGAGCUCUGGCGUCCCGACAUGCGGCGGGCCGCUGUGCUCCUGCUGCUCAUCAGGACCCGGCCCUUGGAGGGCGACGACCCGAAACCCAGCUGGAAAUUCCGCUUUGAUUUCUAACCUCUCCUCGUCUGAUGUUCCUGACGUCGUUCUGGACUUCUUCGAUUGCCAGCAGAACGAUUCAAGCAAGCCAAUCACAUCCUUGCUUAGGAACCAGGGGGUACCUCACCCUCGUGAUACUGCAAAGCCCGCUUCCCCCAGACCCUUCUGGUUCACGCUGUUCCAGAAUGCAACCCCCAUGUGUCCUGCAUGGCCUGCGAUGUCCUCCUCUCCUGGGCUGCCCAAGAGAAACCAUAGAGGACAGCUGGCAUUGGAAUGACAUACUAAAAGCGUAGAACAAAUGAACAAAAAUACCCUUUCAACCAAGAAUUCUAUAUGUGGGGAAAACGAAGGGGAGUUAAAGACAUUCCAAGACAAACAAAAACUGAGAGAGUACAUAGCUAGUAAGCUUGCCCUACAGAAAGUACUAAAAGGAGUCCUUCAGGCUGAAUUGAAAUAAUGCUGGGCACCUAUCUGAAGCAAUAUGAAGAAAUAAACCACAAAGGCCAAGGUAACUACACAGGAUACACAACGCUGGGCUCUUGAACGGCAUUCAGUGGACCUUUUGCCUCCCUACCCGGCCUUAGGCUGCAGGACUCAGAGUUCCAGAGUGGCUUACUUCCACAAGUUCAAAUUCCAUUACACGAAAAUGGCACGUUUCAGUCGCCAGUCACACGCCAGAGGUGAAUUGUAGUAUAGCGUCUGACUGCGUCCUUUGAUGUUUGACUGCUGAGGGCUUUUAAACGUCAAGCCUCCCUCUUCCCCAAUGCCCCACACUCUCUCCUUUGGCGCGGUUGUAGGGUGGAGGGGAGGAGGAGUGGGCGUCAAACUACACUAGCUACUGCCGGCACAAGGGAACUGUCAUGCUGGCCCCAUCCACUAAUCACAGUAGAACUCCCAAAGCAAUUUCUUCCUUUCCUGACUCUCUCAAGUCUUUUUUGGAGCAGCUUGAAAAGGCUACCCUGCUCUCCCCCCAGAAGCCUCCUCAUGUAAGGAAUACACUUUGCAUCGCGUCUCGGUAGUGUGUGUGUGUGUGUGUGUGUGUGUGUGUGUGUGUGUGUGUGUGUGGUGUCACCAGUCUUGAUUGACCUUUGAACCCAACUUGGGGUAGGGGUCCAUACUGACUCAGGGUGGCAACAACAGCUCUUCUCGCCAACCUUCCCAGGAGCGCAGUGCAGAAUGUGUGCUUCCCAUCCGUGAAACGUUAGGGUCUGUCAAAUUAGAUGUCCUGGAUCCCAAGGCGGUGUGCUUACUGGAAGUAAGGGACAUAGCUUAUGUUCUCCUGAACGUGAAGUUACAGCUAACACCCACUCUUGCUUCUGUGCCCAGCGACAAUAGUAAGUGGGAUUAGCAUAAAAUAGUUGCCGAUUUCUUCCUCGUUUUAAGCAUUCGUUACCCUUGACCACUCGGCUAAGUGGGGCUGAGUACAACAAAAAGUCUCGGACUGUUGACCGAGAAAUCAUUCUAGGAAGCCUGUCCUGUUAACGUGUGCCAUGCUGUAUUAGUCUGCUCAGGCUGCCCUAAUAAAAUGCCAUAGGCUGGGCGGCUUAAACAAGACAUUGGUUUAUUUCCUACAGUUCUGGAGGCUAGGAAGCCCAAGGUCAGGGUGCCAGCAUGGUGGAGUUCUUGGUGAGGGCCCUCGUUUUGGCUUGAAGAUAGCCGCCUUCUUCCUGUGGCUUCACGUUGGGGUGGUGGGCGGAGAGCACCAUCUAUGGUCUCUUCCUGUAAGGGCAGUGAUCCCAACGUGUGGACCGCAGCCUCCUGACCUUACCGAAACUGAAUGACCUACCAAAGACCCGGUCUCCAAAUACCAUCU